GCUCGCGCAGCAGCUGCACUAGUAACCGGCCACGGAGUCACUAGUAGUGCUCGCUGGCACGCUGGCGGCUGUCCGAGUCCCAAGAAGUUCCGCUCGACGUUGGCGUCUUUCGGCUUUCCGUCGUCAACUCGUCGGGGAAGUUUUUGGCGCGGCGGCCACAAUGGCGACGACCUAGCCCGACUUUGCUUCUUCCCCCCCCCCCCCGCUGCCGCUUUGACGGCCAAAAGUUCCGCGAACGUUUCUGUGGCUUUUGCGUGCUUCAAUUUCGAGUGGACGCAGGAGGGCGAGGAACAUGAAGAAACAGUUCAACCGAAUGCGGCAACUCGCCAACCAAACAGUCGGGAGGGCCGAGAAGACCGAGGUGCUGAGUGAUGACCUCCUUCAGUGUUGUGUUGCCGCGCAGAUCGAGAGACGCAUGGAGCUGGUGCGCUUCAUGUCGCACAACGCGCACAAGAGGCUGGUGUCCUGUCUGCAGGGUCAGCUGGGCACCGAGACGGAGAAGAGACAUAAAAGGUUGCCCCUGACGGCGCUGUCUCAGGCCAUGCAAGAGGGCGGCGCUCAGCUGGGGGACGAGAGUCUGAUCGGCAAGAUGAUGGACGUGUGCGGUGAGGCCGAGAGCAGGUUGGCGAGCGAACUGAUGCAGCACGAAGUGCAGAUCGAGCGAGACGUCCUGGAUCCUCUCAACACGCUGGCCGAGGUUGAGAUACCCAACAUACUAAAACAGAGGAAGCAACUCGCCAAACUGGUCCUGGACUACGACUCGGCCAAGACCAGGUGGUACCAAGCAACCAAGUCUAGCAACCAGGCCAUGGCAGCCAAGGUGGACUCCCUCAAGGAUGAGAUGGACGAGGCUCUGAACAAAGUGGAAAUGUGUAAAGACCAGUUAUCGGCAGACAUGUACAACUUUGCGUCCAAAGAAGGAGACUAUGCACGCUAUUAUCUCAUGUUACUAGAGGCCCAGGCAGACUACCACAGAAGGUCUCUGGCAGCUCUGGAGCAAGCUAUACCGAGUAUUCAAUUACAGCAAGACUCCUGGACGGAGAAGCCGGCGUUCGGCACGGCCCUGGAGGAGCACCUGAAGCGGAGUAACCGUGACAUCGCGCUGCCCAUCGAGGCCUGCGUCAUGAUGCUGCUGGAGACGGGCAUGAAGGAAGAGGGUUUGUUCCGAAUAGCAGCGGGAGCUUCAAAACUAAAAAAGCUGAAAGCCGCACUGGACUGUUCCACUUCCCAACUGGAAGAGUUCUACUCCGACCCCCACGCCGUCGCCGGAGCCCUGAAGUCGUACCUCAGGGAACUUCCGGAACCUCUCAUGACCUUUGGCCUGUACGACGAGUGGACGCAGGCAUCCAAUGUGUCCGACCCUGACAAGAGACUUCAGGCUUUGUGGGUGACGUGUGACCGUUUGCCAAAGACUCACAAAGCCAACUUGAGGUACCUGGUGAAGUUUCUGGCCAAACUGGCUCAAGAGCGCGACGUCAACAAAAUGUCUCCCAGCAACAUCGCCAUCGUCCUGGGCCCCAACCUGCUGUGGGCGAAGACAGAGGGGACGCUGGCAGAAAUGGCUGCGGCGACGUCGGUCCACGCGGUCGCCAUCAUUGAGCCGAUCAUCCAGCACGCCGAUUGGUUCUUUCGUGAAGAGGUGGACUUCGACGUGUCGGGCAUGUUCGCCAUGCCCGUCCACCCGGCGGCGUCGGACCCGGAGCUCGAGAGGAAGCGCCCCGGCAGCCUGGUGGGGCAAGACGGGGACGCUCACCCUCCCCGCAAAGACAGCACUGUUAACCAAUAUCCGGAGCCCAGCCCGCGUAGAGCCGGCACCGCGAUUAGAAAGCAGCCGCAGCUAACCUCGCCCGCCUUCCGACCCCUACCGCCCCAGCGGGAAGGCCACGAGACCCGGCCCCCGGGCGCCGCCCCGGAGGCCGAGCGGCCGGGCAGGGGCGCCGGGGGCCCGGCGGUCGCCGCGCAGCCUCGGCACGUCGGCCAGCUCGGCGCGGAGGAGAGCAGCCCGGCCCGGGAGCUCGCAUCCACCCCGCCUCCGCAGAGGAACGGUUCGGUCCACCUUACGGCCGGGACGCCGCAAUCCCAAGGUGGCUCCAGGGGGCCCAGCCCUCACAUGGUCCGCAGAGGCACCAAGAAACAGGCGCCGGCACCGCCCAAACAAGCCAGUCCCUUCGCCUCUCAGUCCGUCAACCAAAGUUCAACGUCCCCGCACCACCCGCCCGUCGCCCCGAGGCGCCACCCGGGCAAAGAAAGCCCCAUCCACGCGCCGCCGAGCCACCCGCCCCCGCAGCCGCCGUCGCCGCCCAGGACGCCCACCCCGCCCGGCACGCCGCCUCAGGACGGCCCCUUCUCCCAGCCGCCCGCCUACCACUACGGCUCGCUCCCCCGCCCCUCCCGGCCGGCGCCCAAGCCGAGACCCCGGCCCAACAUGCCGCCGCCCCCGCAACCCGCCGGCGGCGACGACUGCAAUGGCCUCUUGGGCUCCGCUUCGAAGAUCAUCACAGACGGCGGCCCGGACCUAAAGGGGGUCAAACGAGCGUGGAUGCCGGAGGUGAUGGCGGGCCAACGAGCGGAGCCCCCCGCCAACCUCGACCUACACGCGGAGAGCACCUCGCUGUGAGCGGGACAUCGUCCCGGCUCGGCGCCGCUCGACUCUUUUGUGACAAUCUGCCGCCAGGCUUGGGCGAUAGUAUUUUUUUCUAUGAAUC